GAGGGAGGGAGUGUGUGGUGUGUGUGCCUAAUAGGAAAUAGUAAAAGCAGUGAGGCAGGUCACUCGGCCAGCGAUUAGAUCCUAGCUGGAGGGUCAACCCGCGCCUCCGCAGAGGCAGCGAGAGCCGGACGGAGCAGCAGCAGCAGCACAAGCAGCCCGGCUGAGUAACUUGGGAGUAAGGCCGGAGUAGCCCGGGAAGCCGGCGUUCUUGGGCUCCUCCUGUUCUUGCUGGGGCUACUGUUUGCGGGGCCUCCGCUCGCCCCCCGCCCUCCGAUGAGCUCCUACUUCGUCAACCCGCUCUACUCCAAGUACAAGGCGGCGGCGGCGGCAGCGGCGGCAGGAGGAGGAGGAGGAGGGGGCGAGUCGGCUAUCAAUCCCGCUUACUACGACUGUCACUUCGCCGCCGCCCUGCUCUACGGGAAUAGCGCUGCGGCCGCUGCAGCCGCCGCGGCCGCCGCUUCGGGCUUCCCUCCUCCUCCUCCGCCGCCUCCGGCCUCGGGCCCAGGCGGCCCCAGCGGCCCGGACUACUACUACCACCACCCCCAUCACCCCCACCACCAGCCCCCGCACCAGCUGCCCGGGAGCAGCCCCUCGGCCUACCCCCCUCCGCCGGAGCACCAAGAACUGCACCACCAGCCCCAGCCCCAGGCCUCCUGCGCCGGCCUGCCUUGCCCCGGGGAGCCGCCGGCCAAGUUUUACGGAUACGAUAACUUACAGUCUAGACAGCCGCUUUUUACGACGACGCACCCAGAGGCCGAGCUGGUCCACUAUGCGGACUGUAAAUCGUCCAGCGCUAAUAUUGGCCAGGACCCAGAGCUCUUAAAUCAUGGCGCCUCGCCUUCGCCGGUCUUUCCCUGGAUGAGGCCACAAGCCGCUCCUGGCCGGCGAAGAGGAAGGCAAACCUACAGCCGCUUCCAGACGCUAGAGCUGGAAAAGGAGUUUCUCUUUAACCCUUACCUGACCAGGAAGCGGAGGAUCGAGGUCUCCCACGCACUAGGACUCACCGAGAGGCAGGUCAAGAUCUGGUUUCAGAACCGGAGGAUGAAGUGGAAAAAAGAGAACAACAAGGACAAAUUCCCCGCUGCCAGGCAAGAGGGCAAGGAAGGGGGGGACGGCAAAAAGGAAGCCCAGGAGGACCUGGAAGGGAGAGAGGAAGACCUGGCGAAUUAAGGUGGCUCUUCUUCUUCUUCCAGAGACAAUGAGUGGCUCCUCUUCAGGGGCUCAAGGGCAGGGGAAGCUUCCUCCUACCUGUUUUCUUAAGCUACCUGUGUUAGAGUUUUAUUUUAUUUGUUACUGCACCGGGAACCCUAGAAGGAGUCCCAACUGGCUGCUGCUGCUGCUGCAUUUCUCCUCUCCCCGUCAUCCUUACCCUUCACCUGGAAUUUGGUCCUGGAAAAAAUGAAAAUCAAGGGAUUUUGUACCUGGGGGAUUUCUAUAGAGGAACUUAUUUUCUAUAUAUCAAGGACGGGAAUGUCAAGCCUAUCCAAAGCUUUUAGGAAUCGAAUCAACCAAGUGCACUUGCAAUGUCUCUUGAAAUUUUCUUUCCCACUUCUUCACGUGUAAAGUAAAUUAAUUAAGGGAUGGAAUGAUUUUUUUAAAGCAAAAUACUGCUGGGAGGGGGAAGAAAUAUUUUAAUCAAGUAUUGAUCUUGAAUGAUCAGCAAUUGGAAUAAAAAAAUUAAUUCCGAAAGUAAUAUUCAUUCCUGCUCGUUCUCUCUGCUCUUCCUACUUUAAACUGAAAGGUGAAAAUCCCAAGCAGGCCCACUCACCCCCAGAUGUUUCUUUGGCAU